AUGAAUCUGAGGAGCAAGCGGAUCAGCUCCAGCAGUUCCGUGCGGAGCAGUGGGAAAGUGGGCAGCUUCGGCUAUAGUGGCGGCUUUAGCGGGAUGUCUCUUGGAGCCCCAGCACCCGGUUUCAGCAGCAGCACCACCUACUUCGGUCCCUCUAUAGCCAGCGUCUCUGUCAACAAGAGCCUCCUGGCACCUCUCAACCUGGAAAUUGACCCCAGCAUCCAGAUGGUGCGCACGCAGGAGAAGGAGCAGAUCAAGUCAUUAAACAAUCGCUUUGCAUCUUUUAUUGACAAGGUAAGAUUCCUUGAGCAGCAGAACAAGAUGCUGGAAACCAAGUUUGACCUGCUCCAGAAUCAGACCACAGGCAGGUCAAACAUUGAGCCCAUGUUUGAAGUCUACAUGGCCAAUCUGCGCCGACAACUCGACGUGGUUAACAACGACAAGAUGAAGUUGGAUGGAGAGUUGAGGAACAUGCAGGGGCUGGUGGAAGACUUCAAGCACAAGUAUGAAGAUGAGAUAAACAAGAGGAACAACCUAGAGAACGACUUUGUGAUUCUGAAAAAGGAUGUGGACUCUGCAUACCUAGUGAAGGCUGACCUGGAAGAUAAAGUGGGGUCUCUGACUGAUGAGCUCAACUUCCUCAAGAGCAUUUACGAUGAGGAGCUGCGUGAGAUGCAGGCCAGUAUCAAGGACACCUCAGUCAUAGUGCAGAUGGACAACUCCCGCAACCUCAACAUGGACCAGAUUGUGGCUGAAGUCAAGGCCCAAUAUGAGGACAUCGCGGCCAAGAGCCGUGAGGAGGCCGAGUCCUGGUAUAAGUCUAAGUUUGCUCAGAUUGCCAGCCAGGCCACGCAGUACAGUGAUGAGCUGAGGAACACCAAGGCAGAGAUCGCCGAGAUCAACCGCAUGAUUGGCCGUCUACAGAGCGAGAUCGAGGCAGUCAAGGCGCAGAGGGCCAAUCUGGAGAACCAGAUCUCUGAGGCAGAGGGCCGUGGGGAGCUGGCUGUGAAGGAGGCCAAGGCCCGGAUGAGGGACCUGGAGGAGGCUCUGCAGAGGGCCAAGCAGGACAUGGCCCGUCAGCUCAGAGAAUACCAGGAGCUCAUGAAUGUCAAGUUGGCUCUGGACAUUGAGAUCGCCACCUACAGGAAGCUGCUGGAAGGCGAGGAGGACAGAAUUGGACAGCAGGCUAUUGUCAAUAUUCAGUCAGUGCCCAAUUACAGCUCCAAAGGAAUAAAUGGGUACCCACAGAUCAGUUCUCCAUCAUCUAAAAUACUGAUCAAAACCACAGAGGUCAGAGACAACACCAGGUUCACACACUGA